CCUCAAGACCCGGCCUCUCUCAAAAAGGUGAAUAUAGCUGCACGUAUUCUGGAUCGAGGACGACGGACAGCUCGGCUCACACAUCGCGCUCGAACUCUCUUGGUUGAUGCUUGCGAUGCGCCGCUGCAAUGGGGUCUCCGGACCCAGCUCGUCCUGACUCGCGCUUUCCGUAGCACGACACUCGGACAGAGCUCGCUCAUUCAUUCUUGGCCUUUGUUCUGCAUCUGUUAGACCCCCGAGACCCGCCCUCUCCUUCCCUCCGUUUCGCUCAGCAAAAAUGGUCCGCGUAUCCGUCCUUAACGACUGCCUUAACAACAUCGUCAACGCUGAGCGUCGUGGCAAGCGCCAGGUGCUUAUCCGCCCUUCCUCGAAGGUCGUGGUCAAAUUCCUUUCCGUGAUGCAGCGCCACGGUUAUAUCGGAGAGUUCGAGAUUGUGGACGACCACCGCUCCGGCAAGAUCGUCGUGCAGCUCAAUGGCCGCCUCAACAAGACCGGCGUCAUCUCGCCUCGGUACAACGUCCAGGCGAAGCAGAUCGAGUCUUGGGUCAACUUGUUGCUCCCUGCUCGUGGUUUCGGCAUCAUUAUCCUCACGACUUCGUCAGGAAUCCUCGACCACGAGGAGGCUCGUCGCAAGAACGUUGGUGGCAAGCUGCUGGGCUACGUGUACUAGAUGAUUCCUCAUCCUGUAUUAUGCCGUGUAUGACAUGCGCUGCUUCCUCUUUCGGAUCAUCCACUGUGUGCGUCGACAUGAAACAUGUCAGAGCACUGUCCUUUCGUUCAGAAUGAUUGCGCGCACACUUUGGCAAU